GCCUCUGUCGAACUUGCGCCAGUGCCACAUCACCUUCAGCAAGCCCAUGCGGCUUCCUUCACGCUACUUCGCCAAGGGUCCCAUCGGUGCCGAGGUUGGUCAGUUCGAUGAUGAGAAGAGGGACCAGAUGGACAUGGACUACUACCGGGGUGGUGGGGCCCCGGCAGCGUCCAGCACCAACGGUAUGGGUCCUGGCAUGAUGGCUCAGUCGAUGGCACCGGUCCAGGCUCCUUCAAAGUACUUCAACGGCCCAUCCAUGUACAGCCAGAGCGGAAGCCUUUCCGCAUCGCAACGCAGCGAGCGCAGUCAGGCGUCCAUGGACCGCUCGAAAAGGAAGAGCAAGAACUUGCGGAAGCAGGGUGGCACGUCGCAAUCCCAGGGCUCCGCUUACUCUUCGAGUGGCUUUGGCGAGAGCAUGAUGUCCCAGGACCUAUGA